AUGACUUUAGAUUUGCUUAUUUUACCUCCCACUAUAACGUAUAUUGCUGACUAUGCAUUUACUUGGUCAAAUAUUCCAAAUGUGACAAUUCAAUAUGGACCAACACAAAUAUCAUACAAUACAUUUGAGAGAGCAAAUAUUUCAGAAAUCAUACUUCCAAAUUCAAUCAAAAUAAUAUACGAAAACUCUUUUCUGUACUGUAAAGUUGACAAUGUAUAUAUUCCCACAUCUGUAGAGACCAUUGUUCGUCAUGCUUUUCAAUAUUGUUACAUUAGGAAUAUUACUAUUCCUGAGGGAAUCAAAGUUAUUAACUAUCAGACUUUUCAAUGGAGUUUCUUAGAAGCUGUUUCUCUUCCUUCUACAUUAAACAGCAUUGGUUAUCAAGCAUUUUAUUCAACACCAUUAAAAUCAAUUGAAUUUCCAUUUAAUUUAACUGUGAUAGAAACUGAAGCAUUUGCAAAUACAUCAUUAAAAGAGGUUGUUUUUCCGAUGUCGAUCGAAGGGAUGUGUCAAAAAGUAUUUGCUUCUUGUAAUAUUACGAACAUAAUAUUAACAACAAAUUAUAAACACUUAAAUAAUUUGUUUUGUGGGUGCAGAUGCCAGAAUUUUAUUAUGCAAAAUAACUCAAUAACAAAUAUUGGUUCAGGAGAUUUCAGUGGAACAUUAAUAAAGAAAUUAAUUUUGCCAGAAGGCUUAAGAAAUAUUGAUACCUCUGGAUUCUCUGGGAGUGUUAUUGAGGAAAUUUCAUUCCCAUCAACUUUGCAAUCUAUUGGAUCGUGGGCAUUUAGUAAUAUGCCAUGUGAGAGGGUUGUAAUCCCUCAUAUUGUAAGUUUAGGUUCACAUUGUUUCGUUGGAAGUGUUCUAAAAUAUAUUGAAUUAUCUCCACCACUAUCAAGUAUUGGUAGCUAUUGUUUUUAUAACAUUUCACUGGAAACUCUGAUUUUACCUCUUACAUCAAAUUCUCUUAAAAUUGGAGAAUUUGCAUUUGCUUUCUUAGAUUUCUCUAACUUUACAUUUCCAGCAAAUACUGAAUCCGUUGAUCAACAUGUCUUUAGAGGAACAAGUAUAGAUACACUAACAAUUGCCGGAAGUAUGAAAAAAUUUUCAAACUGGUCUUUUACUGAUUGUCAUGUAAAUCAAUGCAUAAUUGAAAACGGACUUACUGAUCUUGAAGAAUAUUGUUUUGCAAUGUCUUAUGUUAAAAGAAUUGUCAUUCCUUCAACUUUGGUACAAAUUGAUCAAUUCGCUUUCAUGUCAUGUUUAGUUGAAGAAGUUGUUCUGCCUAACGAUUGUAAUGUUUCAAAUAAUGCAUUUGAAGAUUGUUAUAAUUUUCAAAAGGUUACUAUUGGACAAGGAUGUAUAAUAUGGCCAGAUGCAUUUUAUAAAUGUUAUGCAUUAAAAGAAUUGGUAGCAUAUGACAAUGUCAAGUUUAUAGGAAAUGCAUUUGGAACAAUUUCAAAGGCAAUUAAUUUGUUCUAUUAUGGUACAAGUGAUCCAUCAAUCCCUGAUACAAUUAAUAACUAUAAGCAAGUGGCUUUCAUUGUUAAGGUAUCUUGUAACUAUCCAAAGUCAACAUUUUGUGGAAUGCCUGUUAAUAAAUUAUCAUGUUAA